AAAAAUUUGCUAUUUUUUUUUCUUAAAAAAUAUAUUAUCCUUUAAAGCAUUUUCUCUAUUACAGUCUCAAUCUUCCACUGAUACACAGAGAGAUGCAGACUUGACCUAGGGUUUUGAUCAUCCAUCUUCCCGAUUUCGGAGCAAGCUUUGGAUCUUCGAUUGGAGCCUUACCCAUUUUUUCUUAUCCUUCAAGCAACGCUUUGGGGUAUCAAAGGUUCCAAAUUGAGGGGGGAAAAGGCACUCUCUUGUAGCUGCUGAUUUGGCCUAUGGCUUUUGGCUUCUUCAGAUUGGGGGAUCAGAAGCAAGAAUUCCACACCCCUUGGGAGAGUAUGAGAGAGAGGGAAGAUUUGGAUCACGAGUAAGAUAUUUGAGGACGGUUGCUUGUGGUGAAAAGGUGUGCGUGAUCCGAUGAAUUAUUAUGGAAAAUACAACGUGAAGCUGUUUGAUCUGUUUUGAUUUUGAUAGGCUUGGAUAUUAGAAUAUGGAGGAUGAGAGUGGGCUUGAGCUCAGCCUGGGUUUGUCUUGUGGUGGCUCGUCUGCCAAACCCAAAGGUAAGAAUGGUAGCUCCUCAGAUAGUAGGGCUGAAGAAGUUGGUAGAGGUGGCAAGAUGGUGGAUGACUUUAAGAGCAUGUUUGAUAAUGCUCCUCAGAAGCCUGAAUCUAUUAGUGGGACGCGGAGAACUGAUUCCCCAAAGCCUGAGGAGAACUUCUUUAGUGACCUUUCAAAGGCCAAAGAAGAGAAUGCUUCUUUGAAUUUAAAUGGAAGAGGAUUUCUGGUAGCAAAGAAUAGUAAACCUCUUGAAAUUGAGGAUGAAAAACGGUCAGAGGCAGCAAAUAAGCGGAAAAUGCCUUUUGAUGAGAUACAUAGUCAAAAGAAGCAUGACAGUGAUGUCCACCACCCUGAUUUACAUGACAGGGCUAGAACAUCUCAUAUAUCUAUAACAGAGGACGGUUCAACUGCAGAAAAUGAAGAUGUGGCUGACUCUGAAACUGAGAACUCCACCUCCAGGCCCAUCUCACACCACAGUGAUGGUUCCAAAGGAUUCAUCAGAGUUGGUUCUUCUUCUGAUGCAGCAAAAGAGGUUCGUGGAAGUGCUGACUCAAAUGCUGCUGACUUUAACGGGCAGAAGAGGUUUAAUGGGUCAUCAGAAAAAGAUUUUAAGCACACAAACAUGAAUUACGGUGCUUCCUUUUCUGUUCAACCUGUAAAUAUGAUGAAUGUAUCUUACCCUUCUUCAGUACAAGAGUCUAGCCCUGUUGGGGCACCAGGCCCUCAGAUACAUGGAGUGAUGCAUGUAAUGCCUGCUGCAACUGGUGAACGUGCAGGAACCCAACCAGUGAAUAAUGGGAACCUGCCGGUGAUGUUUGGAUAUCCGCCUGUUCAGCUUCCCUUGUUGGAGGACCAACCAUGGGGUUUGGUUUCUCGUCCUCAACAAUUACACCCUUAUGUUGGCAGGGGUCCAACUAACCCAGCUGCACUCCAAGUAAUCUCAAACAACAUAUCCGAGGCAAUACCAUACGAAGGAAGGCCAUUAGAUCGUUCCAAAGGAGAUGGUAAACAGCGUGUCACUGAAGAAGGCUCCUCUUCGCAACCUGAAGAUGCGAAAGGAAGAAGCACAAACCUUAGGGCCAAAGAUAUAUCAGACCAAUCAGCAGGAGAAGGUUCCAUCAUUGAUUUUUCAAAUAUUAAGCCCGGUCUUGCUGCAGAUGUUAAAUUUGGCGGAUGUGGUUCCUAUCCAAAUCUGCCUUGGGUAUCCACCUCAGGUUCAGGUCCAAAUGGCAGGACAAUAUCUGGUGUUACUUACCGAUACAGCACUAACCAAGUUCGAAUUGUCUGUGCAUGCCAUGGUUUCCACAUGACCCCUGAGGAGUUUGUUCGCCAUGCAAAUGAAGACCAAGCAGCUGCAGAGGGCAACGGAGUUUUGGGGGCAGUAGCAAACGGCAAUCCUGCUGCCCCUUCCCAUGGCUAGUCUUGUACCGUCUAAUUUGUACCUUAGUAUUGAAGUUCCCAACAGGAGAAUCAGGGAAAUCGGGCUUUAAUUUUUGUAUAGAUGAAUGAGUUUCCUACCAUUUUUCUGUACACACUUUGAUAACUUGUUUGGCUAUUCCUCUUUAUUUACUUGUAGCCAAUGCAAUCAAGUUUGCACUUGUAUGUAA